AUGGACGAGAAGCUUAAGGAGAUGGCAGAUGCAAGUAGCUUUGCAGAAAAAGAGCUAGAAUCAAUUCUCGGAGAAAUAACCUUACAGAAUGAGAAGCUUGUAGAUAUUCAACGCAAAAUAGGAAUCACGCGAGCCCAUCUUCUGAAGAACUCGAGACUGGUUGGGGAGAUGCUCAGAAUUACAAAGCCCAAGCUGGCCAUUGGGAUAAUAGUUCUCUCCAUAAUAUUUAUUGCCAUUAUAUACGUUAAGCUUGUGUUUCCCAGCUAG